UUAUGCCCUAACACGUCCUAUGUGAGAGCAGCCUUAGAACCGGAAACAGAAGUCAAUGUUACCAUAGAAAAAUAGAUGCAUUUGAGCGUCGCUUUUGAUUUUGACAUUUUAUCGCGUCUCAACAGCUGUUUUCCAGCCGCCUCAUGAAAUACGUUUUAUCAGUUACUCUACACGUGCUAACUCAUUAAAAAAGGUUAUUGCUACUGUUAUUAGGGAUAGUGAAUUGUUAUAAAAAUGGAAGAAGAUGGUGCAGUUCAAGCACCCGUUACAAGAUUAAGACGAAGACUAUCAGUGGAACAAACUGAGGAUGUAAAUUCACCAGGGCCGGCUACACCUACAAAAAAAAGAGGUGCCAGAUUAGCAGCAAAACCACAGUUGGAACUUAUUGAUGAAAAUUCUGGCAGUACUUCAAAAAGACCAACAAAAAAGUCUGCUGUCAAGGAAUUAGUAGAGGUUCCAGAUGAAAAGCCACUAACGCCAUCUAGACGCAGCACUAGGAUCAAGUCUAACACAAGUAUUGUAUCUGAAAACACUCAAAGCUAUGAAUCACCAAGGGCCAAAAGAGCUGCCAGAAGAUUAUCGCAAGUUGGUAGUGAUAAUGAAUCUACAGUUACACCUGUCAGACAAACCAGAAGAAUUCGAAAAGAUUCUACAUCCAGUAAUGAUAAAUUAGAGGCAACAUUGUCUUCAAAACCAGCAAAUAUAACGGUGCUUAUAAUUGAAGAAGAGUCAAAUACUCAAAGUUCCAAAGUAUCUACAACAACAAAUGACAUAAGUGACAAUCAGCCAUUAAGAAAAAGUCCACGAUUAAAAGAAAAGCUAAAAAAGAAAGAACAGGGAAGUAAAGAUAACUCUACAGAAAACCUUAAUUCAACCAGUAACAAUACUUUAAAUGAUCUGAACAUUGUAAAUGACUCUAAGGCAUCUCAAAAUGACAAAGAAAAUACCAACACAGAAAAAAAUGCUGAGAAAUUAUCUGAUAGUAGUCUAAAUUUAAUAAAGGAACUAGAUAACGAACAAAAACGAGAAGUUUGCCAUUAUACAAAUAAAAGUAUGACUGCCUUGGAAACCCCAAAUAGUUUCAAAACCCACAGGCAAAGAACGAAAUCUCUGACAGCUAUAUCAAAGUCCGAAAUAAAUGACAGUGCAUUCUUUAGUGACAAUGAAAAGACUAAAAAAAAAGUGAAGAAGAACAAAAGCCCUACUGAUUUGAACUUGAGUGAACAACACUUUGCAUCUGGUGAUAACAGGGAAACAAAACAAAUGGUUCACCAACUACGUAUGGUAUAUAAAGAUAUUAUGAAAGAUAAAUUACACAAAUCAGACUUUGAAAUUGUGCCUUCUGAAAUUAAUGGUGAACCAAUAUUUGAAGUCACAACUAAUUUGUCUUUAAAAUCAAUCUCGAAAGAUGUACUCGACAUCAACGCUCUGCAAGGAAGUAAAGAGAAAAAUCUAAUUAUGAAUAUUGAGGAGGAGGAUCCUCCAUCAAACGAAAUGUUUUCGAAAAAUCCAUCAUGCACUAGUUUAGGGUCUACUGUGUUAUUAGAAGAAUCAGACACGGGAACUAAUUCCCAAGUCAUUAGUAAAACUUUUAAUUCUGAAGAUCAGUGUGUUCCUGUUGUAGAAUCAAUAGAAAACUGUGAAAAUUCUGACAAUACGAAAAGAUUAAAUACAUCAGUUAACAAAAUGACAGAAGAAGCAGAAGCAGAAACCCAAAAUUCCUUAGGCUUAAAUAAAAAAGAACAUGUCAGUGUUGAACCUAUGGAUAUCGACGUGACUGUUCCAAAUAAUACAUUGAUAUCUGAAAAUUCACAACUAAAUAUAUCAUCUGGAUCUCCCAGUAGGAAUUCUGAUUAUCAAGCUGAAGAUCUCAAUAAAAUGUCCAGUAAUUUAUCCCAAAAAUCAACACCUUCACAUUCUAUAGAAAAUCGGAAAAAAUCAGAAAGUGAAAAUAAAAGUACUUUAAUAAUUUCACAGUUAAAAGAUUUAUCAUCAACAGAAAACAGUUUAUCUAAAUCCCCUCGUUCACACCAAGAACUUUUAUCUAAAUCGACACCUGUAAUAACGAAUGAUAAUGCGGUAGACAAAACAAAUCUUUCUCUUGACUAUUCUACAAGCACCCCCCUACAACAAAAGUUUUUAAAUAAAAUAGGUAUGCAAAUCAACACUUCUCUUAUUGAGGUUUACAAAAAUGAAAUUAUGAAAUCAAAUAACAGUAAGAAAAAUAUAUCGAAAUCGACAGAAAUUGACUCUUCGUAUGAAGAAGAAUCUGAGACUGAAAAUUCUUCAAGAACUAAAAGCUUACUAGACGUGGAAGCUGACGUUGCUAGUGAUGAUUAUGAAUCUGGAGACAGUCAAGACGAAGAAGAAAGACAAUAUGAAGCAGAAAAUGAAAUUUUGGAAAAGGGGGAAACUUUAGAUUCUGAAAAUGAUUUUUCUAAUGAUACAGACUAUGAAAAAGAUUCAUUUGUAGUUAGUGCCAAUGAAGAGGAUUUAGAUUUGUUAAGUGGCUCUGGAGAUGACCUUGCCAUGAGUGACAAUGAACUGACAAUGAGUAAAAAGUCGAAAAAAAAGUAUGAUGACCGCAAAAUAAAAGAACAGAAAAAAGCUUCAAAGGAAAUGUACGAAGCUCGCCACAAGUUAGAUAGAAAGAAAUCAAAAACUAAACAAUUUCAGAUAAAUUCUUCAGAUGAUUCUGAAGAUGAAGAAGCACCGAAAAAACAAUAUAAACAUCGAAGAAUAAAUUCUUCUGGAGAUGAUAGGCUCGAUAAAUCUAUUGCAAAUGAAUCAUCAAUUAAAAAGAAGACAAAAAAAAGAGUUCUUUCAGAAUCUGAAUGUAAUGACAGCAUAAGUAAAGAACAAGAAAUAACGGUUUUUAAUAAUAGUGUUGUAGGGGAUGACCCCUUAUCAGGAAAUUUGAAACAAGAGCCUAAAACUCCUCUUAAAGACUUCAAUUUAUCGACAGUCCAAAUCAUUGACAAAAUUGAAGAAACAGAAGUUCAAAACAAUGUAUCAUUUUCGAAAACUAACCAAACAUCAGAUCCGUUAUACGUUUCAAUGGCAGAUGAACAAUCUUCAUCUUUGAGUGAAAACUCUGAAAUUAUUAAUAACUAUGACUCCGUGCUUAAGCAACUUAAUAAUGAUGAUACAAAAUCCGAGACAGUGAAAUCUCUUCACACUUCAAUUAAUAUUGACCAGAAAAGUAAAAAAAAUAAGACACCGAUUUUGGAUGAGUUAAAUCUGACACAUACCAAAAAAUCCAAAAGAUCUAAAAAUAUUGACAUAGAUGUUGUUGAUACGUCACAAACCAAGUUAGAAAAGACUAAUAAAAAUCAAAGUCAAUUAAUAUCUAAUGAGGAAAGUUCUUCAGACGCAAUUGAUUUGCAUCUACUAUUUUCUGAAGAUAGUAAUGAUUGUGACACAGAUAAAGCGCAAACACAUAUUGAAAUAAAAAAGGAUUCUGUCGAUAAUUUCAUACCACUAAAAAGAACGCCUGGCAAAACUAACAUCACGUACGAGCAAGAUAAUGAGGAAUCCACAAACAGUGAAAUUAAGUUUAUCAUAGACACAGAGGGUUCAAAACAAUCAUUAGAUGACUCCUAUAAUAACACAUCGUCAAACAGUACAACAAAAAAGAAGAAGAAAAAGUCACUAAACAUUUCAAAUUCACAAGAAUUGUUGACAAAUGAUGCUGUCGAUACUUCAUCUUCUGCAAGUACUAAGAAAAAGAAAAAACACUUUUUAACACAUGAAAACUCAAUAGAUGUAACUGCAGCGGAAACGUCUCUCGGUAGUCAUGGCAAAAAGAAGAAAAACCUUUCUGAAUCACAGCUUGAAAAAUCAGAACCAAACCCCGCAACCAUAUCCCCCGCUAUUCGUGACAGUGUUAAAAAGAAGAAAAAACAUUCCGAAUCGCAGCUUGAACAUUCAGAUGCUGUCGAUACUUCAUCUUCUUCAAGUACUAAGAAAAACAAAAAACAUUCGUUGACACAUGAAAACCCAAUAGAUGUUACUGCAGCGGAGAUGUCUCCCGGUAGUCAUGGCAAAAAGAAGAAAAACCUUUCUGAAUCACAGCUUAAAGAAACAGAACCAAACGCCGCAACCAUAUGCCCCGCUAUUCGUGACAGUGUUAAAAAGAAGAAAAAACAUUCCGAAUCGCAGCUUGAACAUUCAGAUGCUCUCGAUACUUCAUCUUCUUCAAGUACUAAGAAAAAGAAAAAACAUUCGUUGACACAUGAAAACCCAAUAGAUGUUACUGCAGCGGAGACGUCUCCCGGUAGUCAUGGCAAAAAGAAGAAAAACAUUUCUGAAUCACAGCUUGAAGAAACAGAACCAAACGCCGCAACCAUAUCCCCCGGUAUUUGUGACAGUGUUAAAAAGAAGAAAAAACAUUCCGAAUCGCAGCUUGAACAUUCAGAUGCUCUCGAUACUUCAUCUUCUUCAAGUACUAAGAAAAAGAAAAAACAUUCCUUGACACAUGAAAACCCAAUAGAUGUUACUGCAGCGGAGACGUCUCUUGGUAGUCAUGGCAAAAAGAAGAAAAACCUUUCUGAAUCACAGCUUGAAGAAACAGAUUUUCAAGUCUACUCAAACUUGGACCAGAUUACAAAAUAUCCCAAGAAACAAAAACAGCAGAAAACUCUAAACUUGUCGUCACAAACUUCUGCUGAUGAGAUACCCAUGGAAGUUAUAUCAAAUACAAAAAAAAGGAAGAGGAAGUCUUCAUCAAAUAACGAUGGCGAAAAUAUUAUAAACAGAGAGAGUGGAGAAAUUGCAGUUGUUUCGGAAACGUUGGAUGUUUCGUUAUCUGCUGGCAGAGAGAAGAAAAAAAGAAAAAUAUCCCAAACCAAAGAGUGUGAUGAAAUAGCGGUUGUACCGGAAACGUUAGAUGCUUCAUUAUCUGCUGGAAGAGAGAAGAAAAAAAGAAAAACAUCCCAAAAUGAUACAACUGGGCAAUCUAAUGAUAAAGCAGACUUCAUUUGCGAACAGAAUAAAAAGCCAGGUGACAAUAACAAGCAAGGUAGUCUGGACGCGCCAUCUAAUAAGGAAGGAGGACAUGGAAAGAAAAAUAAAAAAAGGAAACGACAUGACGACGAUAAUAAUAGCAAAGCCGCAAAGAAAUUGAAAGAAAAAUCCUUUGAUACAGUCCAUGUACCCAGGCUUCCUCCUUCCAUUCUCAGUCAGUUGGAUGAUAAACCGAAUAAAACAAUUCUGGAUUUGAAAAAGUCGAAAGUGAUUUCAACAACAUCAUUUGUUGUAGAAACCAAGACACGUAAAAAUAAGCCGUCGGUUUAUUUAGAAGAGAGUGUGUAUUUGAAUGAUUCAAAUUCUGAAAAGAAGCCGAAAAAGUCGCUUAAGAAGCCGAAAGUUUUACCAUUUGUGCCAACAGCUGCAACUUCUGAGUGUGGUUUUACCACAAAGUUUCAAAUUAAUGUCAUACCACAGGAAGUACACUUCGUAGCCAAAAGCACGAAUGUACCAAAUUUUAGAAAUGACUAUCUCUAUGGUAACAAGAUUAAACGACUGGGCACUUACGAAAUGUAUAAAAAACGUAGGACAGCUAAAUUAUCAAAAUUCUAGUGCAACAUUUUUAUACUGUUUACAAUAAACACACAAUGUUAUUGCGUCAACUUAAAUAGAGUUGUUACAGACUGAAUUCAUGUAAGUAUGUAGUAAGAGAAUCAAUGUAAAAUAUCUUUUUUAUUGGCUGUUUUUCAGUUUUGAUAAAUUUAUUAACCGACUUUUAAAAAGGAGGAGGUUCUUAAAUUCGUCUGGUUAUUUUUUGUUAGAUUUAGAUCUAAGUAUCGAGUUCAAGCUAGAAUUAGUUCUAGCUUGAACUCGAUACUUGUCAACAAUAUCUCCACUUAACUAAAGAGCAUGUUAAGUUUAUACUGCUAUAAAAAAAAUAGAAAAUUCAUGUUAGAAUCAGCCCCAGUGCUUGAUUUUUCUAUCAUAAAUAUUGACUCUGCUUAUUUCUUUUAUGUACUUUAAUCUACUCACUUUGUAAGUUACCUUUAAGUAAAUUUUUGUUCACCGGAUAAUGUAGAAAAAAAGAACGAAAGUUUUAGUUUUUCCAGGAUACAGUGCUUUAAAUAAAUAAAGUGUCGAUGUUAAUGUUUCCUGAUAUGUUAUAACUAUGUAAGAUAUGUGAAGUUUGUUAUGUUUUCUUCUUAUUUGUUGUAUUUAUUUUGCAGUUGAAUGUACGUAGACACUAAGUAUUUGUUUAUUUUCAUGGCGUUAAUUGAUACUCGAGCUUGUGAUGCCGGCACUUCACAUGGCUAUUCGUGUUUGCUAUUUGUCAUUUUGACAGAGGUUUGUCCAUAUCAUACUCUAUAAGGACUAAAAAGACUGUUGUCCAGUUUACAAAUAAAAAUUACUAAUAGUAACGGGGAACCGCCAGCAUGAAGCGUAAAAAUUGUUUUAAGUCUAUAUCUUAUAACUUGUGUGUGAUGUAAUUUAUUUAUUAAGGUGUCAGCAAGGGAAAUCAUCGAUAUUCAUGACCGACGUACAAAACAUAUUCUUUUUAUAAUUUUAUUUCAGUUGCAAUAAUUAUAUAAAAACUGUCACAAAAAAAGGCAUGUUUUUGCCCAUCUCUGGGGGCCAAUCGCCUAACGGAAAUGCUUUGGAAAACAAUAUUAAAAAAAAAUGAGCGUGAGGCGAAAACCUCAGGCGGCUAGAAAUAACAAUAUAAAAUCGUAAGCGUUAGCGUUUCCCAAAGCAUUUCCGUUAGGCGAUUCGCCCCCAGAUCUCUGUUGAAUUGUAUUUUAAUGUAUGUAAACUCUAAUGAUACAUGUUAUCAUAAUUUCGUAAUGUUAAAACACAAAAAUAUAAUGUAAUUAUUUUGUAGUAUUUAGGGUACAUGUUUGCCUGGAUUCGAACAAUGUCAAAAUGUGUUGGAUCAAGAGUUCACAUUUCCCGCCAUGUAGAUAUAAUCUUCUGUAAUUGCCACUAGAUGUCACUGCUGUAGAAAAAAAAUGGUAUUACCCCUGUGCUACUUUGUUUAGUUUAUUUGUAAUUGAUUGUCUACAUUUUUAUCAUUUAAUUUCAAUAAAAUUAUUCUUCAAUGCAAAA